GAUCAAGCGCAUCACUGAGGGCGAAGACUUCCCCGAGAGUGCGGCUGUGAUUGACCAGUGAUCACCAAGAAGCUCCGCUUUGACCCAGACUUCAACCACGACAAUGAGGGCGAGGACGAGAUCUUCUUCCGGGAGCUGCGUAAAAUCCUUCUGACCAUGUUCGGCAACAUUGCGCUGCUGCUACCGGACACAGUGAUCCACCACGUGUGCACAGGGGUCAAUGCCAUGCUGGUGACGCUGUCAUCGUCACCGCACCUGAUACAGUACGAGGAUGUGGAGGUGGGGCUACUCCUGCUCUACUCUUUGUUGCCCAAUAUGGUAGCGAGUACUCCGGGGAGUGGCGAAGUGUAUGGGUCUGAUCCCCCGUCACACCCAGUGUUUGUGACUGUGUCUCAAUUGAUUAUGUCGCCAGUCCACAAAAUGGGACAUAAAGCGGUAUCACUGAUGUACUUUGACUGCAUCUCACGGUACCACAAAAUAUUAGAAAUGAACAAAGACCUGAUUCCUUACCUUUUCGAGGCCUUCUUCUCUGAUUUUGGCAUUGGGAAUAGCAAUGCACAGGUACAAUCGCAGGCGUGUUAUCGCUUCAGUCGUGUGUGUGCACAUCUGCGUCGACCGCUGACCAACUACUGCGACGAGAUCAUUGAUUCGCUACUGCCGCUCAUGGCACCUGACCUGCCCACCCUCUCAUCCAGUCCCAAUCAACAGAAAGCAAAACUGGGACAGAGUGACAAGUGCUGGCUAUACGAGGGAGCCGCGGUGUUGGUUUACGCACUCAAAACAAAUGACGAAACACUGCGCAUGCUCAACAAACUGUGCCAGCCGCUGCUCUCUGUGUGCUCAGAGAUCAUGCAAGGCCAACUAUACAACAACGAAUCCGAAAAGGCGCCCGUGUACUCGCAGAUUCUGUUGGACACCGUUGAGACGUUAACGCGUGUGGCCAAGUCCGCGACCAAAAACUCGGGCAGUGGGGCGUUCUGGGUGGCGGCGUAUGAGCUGUUCCAACCUGAAGGAGCUUAUUAA